CGCACGCGCCAUUCACUUUUAUUCAGUUCGAGCGGCACCGAAAACGGCGCAAAUAUGAGCACGGAAGCAGGAACGACGUCUGUUCUUUGUUGCCGAAGUCAUUUGACAAACUCGUGAUUAAUGACAGAAAAAAUAGCGCCGUUGCGGAAAGAGCAGCGUCGUGCGUAAAAGAGUGCGCGGAGAGUUUGGAGAGAGAGAGGGAGAGAGAGAGAGAGAGAGAGAGGGGGGGAGAGAGAGAGAGAGAGAGAGAGAGGAUGCAGCAAAGCGACAUGAUGGUGCAUCACACUGCUUAAGGCACGAGAGAGAGAGAGAGAGAGAGAGAGAGAUCAGACUGCAGCUGGAGGGGAAAUAGCCCACCGUGGGAAAUUUUACGCCCUCCGGGUUUGAAUAACACAUCACCGCUUUUCAGCAACUGAGGAGCAACGGGAUUCUCUUCCUUCAUUCUAUCCGAAGCGCGCGGAAGCGAUCUCACGUUGGUUUCCAUCACUCUUACUACUGUUAUAUUGUUUUUUCGCUUCUAUGGGAGAAGGAUGGGAGCGCAGUUGGCUGUGUGAAGCCUCUCCGGGUGUGUGAGAAUUGCGCCGCCGCCAUGCAGCUCGUGCGGGUCGCGUGGGCUUUGGCAGGAGCGGCGCUCUGCUGUUCCCUUGUGCUCCUUCUCCACUCGCGCUUCCUCAAAGAAGGUCAGUUGGCGGCCGGGACUUGUGAGAUUGUGACAUUGGACAGAGACAGCAGUCAGCCACGGAGGACCAUAGCUCGGCAGACAGCCCGCUGUGCCUGCAAGAAAGGCCAAAUUGCCGGUACGACUAGAGCCAGCCCUGCCUGUGUGGACGCCCGUAUCGUGAAGACCAAGCAGUGGUGUGACAUGGUGCCAUGUCUGGACGAUGAAGGCUGUGACCUUUUGGUAAAUAGAUCAGGCUGGACUUGCACACAGCCUGGCGGCCGGGUCAAAACUACCACGGUCUCCUAACACUGGCCGAAGUUCUAACGGUGUGGAGAGCUUCACGUGGACUGUAUAGAAGCCUGACGAGCUCUUUGCUCCAGCCCGCCUGCUGUAGAUAACUUGCUGUCUGUCAUCGGCUCAACUUUCGCCUCCAACUGCCUGUCUGUAGCUCCGCUUUGUAAAUGGGCAACGCCCCCUAGCGCCACGGAGGACAAACGUCCACACAACACCUCACACAGAGCACUCGAAAGCCUGCAAGACUGCUGCUUGUGAGGGGCCUUGUGUUCUUUAAGGCUCCCUGGAUGUCUAUACCAUUUUGCGAGGCCAGAUCUGAGGUUCUGCCCUGUGUGCUCUGUGAAUAGGCCUUCUGCUGGAGUCCACCUUUGGCACUCAAACAACUUUUUCUGACCAAAGAGGAAAAGUAACAAACAAACAGCUUAACAAACAAUACUUUAACAAACGGAGUUCAGAAAGGAAGGGCUGAACGAGGAGAAAUGAAUACACCGAGCCCUGUUAUCACACACCAAUGUCCACUAAUUUAAAGCACUGGCAUUGAAGGAUUGAGCAGUGCAAAUGAACUCAUCAUAAUGAACUAAAUUCCAGUAGUACCUUUAAUACUUUGCAUACAUUUUUUUUUCCUUGAACUGAACCCACUGUAUUUUGAAACUGGAAAUAUAGGCACUGUAUACAUACAUUAUGUGUAUAAAGAAAUUGAGAUUUGCAUUUUUUUUUUCAGUAGCAAACUUUGGGACAAUUUGCAAUAAGCAUGGUUGGUCACAGUUAAAGAGUACAAGCGUUGAUCAUUGUUGGACAAAAAAGUGAAUAUAUGAAAAAAAUGCCACCAUUUCAAAUUACCAGAAGAGGAGCCAGAAGUCAUUUUAAAAGGCCUACAGUUAUAUAUUUAACAGUUUUCUAUGUUGUAUCUUUGUAGAGAACCUUAUUUAACAUGAAUAACGUGGUGGGAAUGGCAGUGAUAGAAUGUGGAUAAUAAGCUGUGUUUCAUGCCGACCUGCAGCAGCCUGCUCUUUCUCCUGCAGCAGUAGCAGCUCUCCUUUUACACCCAUUUCACACACAUGUCCACUUCUUCUAUACUAAACAGAUGAAUGGAAAAAGGACAGCACACAGAGGGGAAAAAAAGAAACGAUCGCUCACGGAGAACUGAACUUUAUAUCCCACUUUAGUAUGCGGGGUCAUGAAAAUCGCUAUUUGCUAUCGUAUUGUAAAGGUGUAGAAAAAAAAAACCUGAGUCAUUUCUCUAUGGAUUUUAUCUAAUUUAUUUUUGUGCUUGUGUUUGUUUGCACAGUGCCACCAUCAGAGUGCUGACACAUACAGAGAGAGUUAAGAGAGUCUUAGAAUCAUUUACAUGAAAAUACUUUUUUAUUCUGAAAUAUUUUAAGAAUAAAUUAAAUAUGUGAAAGAAGAAAUGAGUUGCUAAAAUAGAAUUUUAAUAUGCAAAGGUUAUGUUUGAAGCUGCUGACAUUUUGUUCAUUGCCCUGAAACAAAACAAAAC